CUCUCUUAUCCUCUAUUUUAGACGGCCCUCGCAACAGCGUUUUCCAGUUUAACAUCCGCUUAUUACCAGCUUCCGAGCCAAUAUGACAAACUCAACGCCCAAAAGCAACAAUAAGAUCGAGCGGCAGGGUUCACCCAACAGUCAUGGCAAGCAAAAAUCGCCCGGCCAGCGUAACUCAAAUUAUGUAAAGACUGUCACGUACUUCGCCAGUAGCAACAACACCACAAACGGCAGUGGCGGCAAUCCCGGAAGUGGAGGACGCAGCAGUAGAUCUUCCAACAGCAGACAGAGUUGCAGCCCACCAUGCAGCUCCACCAAAAGCAUUCCUCGCAGCUCACCAAUGCGCUACGAGAGCCCAAGGGGCAGUCCAACGAACAGUUUUUAUGCUGGGCCCAAGUUCUCCGAGCCACCAUCCCCUGCCAGCUUGCCGAAACCACCCAGUCAUUGGACUGGUCUGGCAAUUGACUGUCAGAGUCAAGCGACUAAGUCCAAUCAUAUUUUCCAGCAUUUAAAAAUGAUCUUAAACGUCCAGGCUUGAUACAAAAUAGCGAAUCCAACAGCAGCAGCUAUGGCAUUGGAGUGCAUGAGCCCUUUAAGAUUCAAGAAAGUGAACUCAAUUAAGCACACCAGUGUCAUUCGCUAAAAGUAGAAGUACUUCUAAAUAAUAUGAAGAGGUGCGUUCUUUUAUGCAUCAACUUUGUACGCAGUAGUGCAGAAACUUCUCGAAAGGUGUAUUUGUGCAAAGGUGAAUUUUGUUUGCCGUCUUCUGCAAGAGACGAACUGUAUUUUAUUUGUCGAAGGUCACGUGUGAGGCUACUUUAAAGACCUGUGAUUUUAAUUUGUAACCAAAAGAAAACAAGGUAAUCGAAGAAGGCUUUUCAACAGGCUGCUGAUUGUAGAGGUUAAGUAAGAUCCAUUGUACCUAAAAUAUUGCAUUAAUAUGACAAACAGGAGAGCACGCUGAGCCAACUUACCCUGCUAACUGCGUUUCAAUAACUAUAAUGGCGUUUAAGAUACAAUCCUCUAUUCGCAAACCGUGUAUAAAUAUGUAAACAUGUAUUUUAGAUCGUCGUGUACUAUUAAACAAACACAUACUAUACUUAACAUACGAUUAUGAAGAGACACUAGACUACACAUACACAAAUUUUCACACUACUAUUUGAAUGAAAUGGCACAGCUGCACAAGGAUCUUAUUUUUUAAAUCAUGAGCUUCAAUUUUUCUUGUUAAAGAAUCUAUCUUUUCUUUUUUCUACGUAAUAAUUUCGCCAUAAUUUUCGCCUUCUCUUAUAUUUCGGUUUCAUGGCGAAUUAAAAAAUGUUUCUUUUCUUUUUAAUUAUUAAAAUUAAGUUGAAUUAACUCGACCCAGUGAACGUCUCGCCGUGUGAGAUGUUAACGGUAUAUAUUACGAACUUUUUGCGACGUAUUAAUAUAAACCUUAUGCCUUUUGAUCUGCCUUAACGGCAGUCGAUUGGAGUGAGACAGCGAGCGAUUAUUACAAAGAAUGAAACAAAAAUAAAUUUUAGAAUCAUUAUUCGAGGUAUCAGAAUUAAUGAGAGAAAAGCAAUAGGAAUUCGAUGGACCUUAUUAAGAAAUUAAUAGUUUACACGUUCGAUUUAUAUAGAUUUAAUGUGAAAGAAAGAUAGGAGAAAGUAAUUGUUUUUAAUUAUAUAAAAUUCUUGCGACAAAUCACCAAUAGUUUAAAGCAACGCGUUAAGAAAUCGAGGGAAUAGCAAACAAAAAUUAUGUUGAUCCCUUGUAAUUCUUGGCGCGGCUGACCCAUAUUUGUCAAUUCUUUUCUUAUUUUC